AUGGUGAUGAUUUUAGUCUAUGUAGAUGAUCUUCUGAUAACUGGUGACAAUACAGACAUGAUCAAUGCAGCAAAAGGUACUUUGCACAAGCAAUUCAAGCUCAAAGAUCUAGUUGAACUUAAGUAUUUCCUAGGUAUUGAAGUGUUAAGAUCUGCCAGUGGAGUGAUUCUGAUUCAGAGAAAAUAUGUCUUGGAGCUCAUAUCUGAAAUAGGUCUUGCUGGUGCCAAACCAGCCACCACCCCACUAAAGACUAAUGCUAAACUAACUUCAGUUGAAGUAGAUGAAACAGUAGGUGUGAAAGGAGAUGGCAUUCUAAGCGAUACAACAUCAUAUCAAAGGCUUGUUGGAAAGAUAAUGUAUGCUACAAUAACAAGGCCUGACAUCAGUUAUGCAGUGCAGACACUAAAUCAAUUCAUGCAACAACCAAAGAAAUCCCACUUGGAAGCUGCAAAUAGAGUGAUAAGAUAUUUGAAAGAAACUGUAGGACAAUGUAUAUGGCUUAAGGCCCAACCUACUGCAGAAUUGGUUUGUUGGUGUGACUCAAAUUGGGCUGCAUGUCAAAACACUAGGAGGUUUGUUACAGAUUAUAUGGUGCAGUUUGGUAGUUCAUUGAUAUCUUGGAAGUCUAAAAAGAAGCACACUAUCUCUAGAAGCUCAGCUGAGGCAGAAUAUAGGAUCAUGGCCUUAGCAUUAGCAGAAGUGACAUGGUUGGAAGGUCUGUUCUCAGAACUGAGGGUGUCUAUCACUAAGCCUAUUGUCAUAUUUAGUGAUAGUAAAUAA